UGGAAGUGAAAGUAAAUGAAUGGCGGAGGCUUAAUUAGAGAGGAGACCUGCGGCUGCGCCAGUCCCUCUGACACCGCCACGAUCAUCGCUCGUGCCGCGCACCACCCGUCGUCACACGCGCAUCCGUUCGCACGCAAGCGCAUCACAGAAGUCGCACAAGUUACAGAGAUGAGCCGGCACACGUACCUGGCAGCAGUAGCCUUCCUGGCUGUGAUCUGCAUAGUCAACGCCCAGCGCCGCCUUGCCCUACCCGACCCAAGAAGUUGUGCUAACAGAGUCAGACACUCAACAUACCGCGACGCUCGAGGAGUGUUACACUCGUACUUCUUCAGUUGGGAACAUGCACCAACCCGCAACCUAGAAGUGGAUUGGCUGGAUGCCAGGAACAUCUGCCGGCGACAUUGCAUGGAUGCCGUCUCUCUCGAGACCCCUCAGGAGAACGAGUUCAUAAAGCAGAGAAUUGCUCGCGGUAAUGUCAGAUUUAUCUGGACAUCUGGACGUAAAUGCAACUUCGCGGGUUGCGAUCGCCCCGAUCUGCAGCCCCCGAAUGUGAACGGCUGGUUCUGGUCCGGCUCCGGCGCCAAAAUUGGACCUACCACCCAGCGCAACACCGGCGAUUGGUCCUUCACUGGUGGCUUUGGACAAGCCCAGCCUGACAAUCGUGAAGCCGCCCAGGGCAACGACGAGUCGUGUCUAUCGAUCCUGAACAACUUCUACAAUGAUGGUAUAAAGUGGCACGACGUGGCCUGCCACCACGUCAAACCGUUCGUCUGCGAGGACAGUGACGAACUCCUCAACUUCGUGCGUUCGCGCAACCCCGGCCUUCGUCUAUGAGAAUUUCCAUCCCUUACCACACGCCCUCUAGUAUUUUAAAUGGCUGGCAUUGUACAAAAACCAAGUAGCUAUCUACUUAAGUUAUUUAUUAAUUUAAUAUAAUUUAAUUCACUUUUGUUAGGUACCUUAUUUAUGUAAGGGUUUCAUCAAAAAUGUAAAUUUCUUUGUGACAAUAAAACGUGAAGUAUUAAUAACUAUUUAAGUAUGUAGAGUGUAGACUCAACUAACAUUGUCCAUGCUUGAUUGUAAACUGUCACAUCUUGAAGGUCAGUCAUCCUUUCAAUCCUUAAAUCUAAAAUUA